CAUUAACGUCGCCGUGGUGGUCUCUUGAAAAAAUCUCGGCUCAGUUCAAGUCACUCCUUCAUUGAGAUCGUGCUAACUUUCACUAAUAAUUCCACUUUAAAACGCAUCGUCGUUAGCAUAUUCUAGUCUGCCAGUGUUCAUUCGUUUAUUUUUUGUUAAUUCUAAUAUUACACUCCCACAGUGGAAUAUCUCUUCCAUCAACAUUUGUAAUGUUUCCAUAAAGUGUGUGCGCUAGUUCUACAACGGCUCUAUUAACACAAGUAUUUCCACUCGAUAUUGCUCAAAUCACUUAAGUUUUCCCGUAUUUGCAUAAAUGUAGUGGAAAAUAGUCCGCAAAUUGUUUUCAGAGAAGUUCACAUUUGUUCGCUCCCCACGAAUCUAUUUACUCGUUCGUCAAAAUGCUCUUGCCGAAUUGCGUCAAUAUCUCAAAGUUGGUUUUGGGAGUAUCAACGCGCUCACCGAAUUUUCUGCUACAACAAAAGUUAGCGCAGCGCUCCUAUCAUAGCGAGAAGGGGGUUUAUGGAUACCGGCCACUUCCCAAACGAGAGUUUAAAAUUUCAGAUGAAAAACUCUCAGCACGCAACAGUCAACCUGACAUCGUUCGCUGGGUCGAAGGUUUUCGCAAGCAUGGACAUCGGCUAGCAUCAAUUGAUCCUGUAAAUUUUAAAAAACUUGAAACAUCAGUUGAUGAGCUAUCUCCUGCAUUCUAUGGAUUACAAUCAGACACAAAAGCAGAUCUGUCAGGCAUUGCAGACGCCUUGAGUGGUACAAAAACCAUAGCGGAGAUAGAAGAGUUGCUGAAAAAAGUCUAUUGUGGCCCGAUAAGUGCAGAAUUUUCGUUUAUUCAGAACCUCGAAGAGCGGGAGUGGCUUGCAGCUCGCUUUGAGGCUUUAAACGAUCAGUACGUGGAAAACAAGACUAAAAAAGAAUUCUUAGAAAUUCUGCUGAAGAAUCAGCUUUUUGACAAUUUUUUGGCUGUGAAAUUUCCGACUGUAAAGCGAUAUGGAGGCGAGGGUGCUGAAGGGUCGAUGGUGUUUUACAAACAACUAUUGGAAUCCGCUGUUGAAGAUGAACUUCAAAAUAUAGUCAUCGGAAUGCAGCAUCGAGGACGUCUUAAUCUUCUUACGACUACGUUUCAAGUUCCUCCAGUGAAGCUAUUCCACAAGCUUCAAGGAAAUUCUGAGUUUCCAGAUGAUGUUAAAGCCAUGAGUGAUGUCAUAAUGCAUUACCACGUUAGCGAUGAUAUUACUGUAAACGGAAAAUCGAUCCAUGUAAAUAUUCUACGAAAUCCGUCUCACUUAGAGGUUGUUAAUGCGGUCUCAAUGGGGAAAACGCGCUCUAAGCAACAAUCAAUACGUGAUGGUGCAUACGGUGAUGAUGCUGCCAAAGAUUUUUCAACAACGGUCCUCAAUGUCCAAGUACAUGGUGAUGCAGCAUUCACGGGUCAAGGAAUCAAUCAAGAAUGUCUGAUGACGGCCCGCGUACCUCAUUUCAAUGUGGGCGGUAGCAUCCAUUUAGUCGUCAAUAAUCAAGUAGGAUUUACUACACCAGCUGAUCGAGGACGAUCCACUCGGUAUGUAACCGAUCUAGCUAAAAGUAUUGAUGCCCCCAUAUUCCAUGUGAACGGAGAUGAUCCUGAGAGUGUUUUCCUAGUCACAAAAGUAGCUUUCGACUAUCAGCGAACCUUCCGUAAAGAUGUCUUUAUAGAUUUGAAUUGCUUCCGCAGAUGGGGUCAUAAUGAGUUGGAUGAUCCUACUUUCACAAAUCCAGCACUGUAUUCGAUUAUCCAUAAUAGAAGGUCGGUCCCAGACUUGUAUGCUCAAAAACUGGUGGAAGAGAAUGUUUUAGAUGCCAAAGAAAUUGAAGACAUCAAAACCCAAUAUAACAAGUUCCUUAAUGAUGAAUUAGAGUCAACUUCGACUUAUACACAAAAGCCAUGUUACUACGAAAAGCAAUGGAGUGGAUUCGUUCAAGCUCCUAACUCGAUUACAGUCUGGGACACAGGACUCGACUAUUCAUUAUUGGCUUACAUCGGCAACGCAAGUGUGCACUACCCACCAGACUUUAAUAUCCAUCCGCACUUACUUAAAACUCAUGUCAGUGGGCGCUUGAAGAAAAUUCAACAGGGACAAAAGAUAGAUUGGGCCACAGCUGAAGCUUUAGCUAUUGGGAGCCUCAUGUACCAAGGACAUAAUGUACGGAUAAGUGGCGAGGAUGUUGGACGUGGUACAUUCUCACAUCGACAUGUAAUGCUUGUCGAUCAGAAAACAAAUGAAAUGUUCAUUCCACUCAACUCAUUGAAGGGUGGUCUUGGUGGUAAAUUGGAAAUUGCAAACAGUAUUUUGUCAGAGGAGGCAGUGUUGGGUUAUGAAUAUGGAAUGGCCAUUGAUAAUCCAAAUAAUUUAAUCAUUUGGGAGGCGCAAUUUGGUGACUUUCAUAAUGGCGCCCAGAUUAUUUUCGACACAUUUAUAGCAAGCGGUGAAACUAAAUGGAUGGAAUCAAACGGGCUAGUCGUCCUGCUGCCACACGGAUAUGAUGGAGUAGCUUCUGAACACAGUUCGUGUCGUAUUGAACGAUUUCUUCAACUAACCGAUUCACGAGAAACUGCUCCAGAUGGUGAUGACAUUAAUUUACACGUCAUAAAUCCUACAACUCCAGCACAGUACUAUCACGCAUUGCGGCGUCAAAUCCUCCGUAAUUUCCGUAAGCCGUUGAUUGUCGUCGCACCCAAAGUCCUACUACGUCUAUCAGAUGCAACCUCGUCACAUGACGACCUGGCACCUGGGACACAUUUCAAAAAUGUCAUCGGUGAUGAUAUAGCAAACGUCCAAGACGUCCGUAAGGUGAUUUUCUGUAGCGGCAAACAUUAUUACAAUUUAAAUAGCGAACGUUUAGCAAACAGAAUAACAGAUGUUGCCAUUAUUCGCUUGGAAUCACUAGCACCAUUUCCGAUCAAGGAAAUACAAACGGAAAUUGCAAAAUAUAAAAAUUGCAGAAAAUUCAUUUGGAGUCAGGAGGAGGCAAGGAACAUGGGAGCGUGGAGUUUUGUUCGACCUCGAUUUGAAUACUUAACAGGAAAGGCUAUAAUAUACUCUGGACGUGAGGAAGCCCCAACUGCUGCCACAGGCAUUGGCAAGGUGCAUAGAAUCGAAGCAGAGCAGGUUGCUAAGGAACCGUUUCAAUUGUAAAACUGUAUUUUUAUAGAAUACAAUUUUAAAAGAG